AUAACCACGUGCUUUAUGGACAGCCCCUUACAGUGAUAGUGACGGUGGUGCAAAAUCAGUAGUAAACUGACAUGAUUGAUAUUGUGCAGCUCUGCUUUAAAGUCUUGAGGGUUACACUUUCGCUUUGUAAGCGUAGGGUCAUGGGUUCAAUUUCCAGCCCCACCAUCAACAACUUUUCGUAAUGACAACCGGAACCGUGAAUAAAUUAAAAUACCCGCAGUAUAAUCUAAUAAUCAUCCUGAAACUGAUUUAUCUCGGAAUACCUGUUUGAGAUGCUCAAUUCAGCAGAGUCGGUUAUUCUUCCCUAUUCGGGAUCCUCGGUAUCGCACCAGACACUCUGAUUGAUGCACUCGAUCAACUAACCAGAUUGGCAACAUGUAGACUAUUAGCGAUUCUCGGCCAACAACAACAACAGCAACAAAUGAUUACACUGCAUAGGAACACACCUGAUGGAGAUCAUGAUCAAGUCUUGGAUCAGUGCAUUAUGAGUUUAUGAAAAUCACACUUGUGCGCGCGCGAGCAGUCAGUUGGUAUAAACGAGCUAUCAAGUUACCAACCUACCUACACGUUUUGUAGUUCAGCUUGAUGGGGGUGAGAGUGGGAAGACGGGAGAAGAAAACACUUAUCGGCGUGCCUACUGGGCGAUGUAAAUGAAGCGAUUACCUUUUGAUGGAUGUAAGAAAAUUCAUGCGUGAUUGCCUUUCUGCAACAUUAGGAUUAGACAAGUAGGAAUCUGUAAGGUAUGCUUAUGGUUUUGUGGUUGGAAGAUAAUUUAUAUGAGCUCAUUACAAAUUCGAUAAUUGAAUAGUACACUCUCGAUCAAAAGUUUGGGGUCACCCCCUCAAAAACAUGUCAUUAUUUUAGGCCCAUAUCUUCGCCAAUUUACGUCCGAUUUCAAAACCCUAGGUCUCAUUCAAAAGACAAUAGUCAAAAGUCAAAGAAACUUUGAACAUGAUUUAAAAGAAACUUUUUCAAAAAAAAUUGUAUGUAAACUUAACCCAAAGUUGCCAAAUUUUCUAAAAAAUGAAUAUAAACUUACGGCAGUGUCGCUGGAAAUUGGGUCGACCAAAUUUUAAGAUGAGAGCGGUAAUAUAACCCAUUUUCUAUUUGCUCUCAACUGCUUUUUACAGAACUUAGCUAAAAAAAUCUAGAAAAAAGUUAUUAAGUUAAUUAAUUUAAAAUUGCUAGGAAAAAUGUAAAAACCAUCGUAUGUUUUAGGUUUUGCUAAUAAAUCACUUGCACCGACUAUAGGUACUCGGUACCUAUUAUGGUGGUAAUAUUUAACUUUGGUUCCUAUAGUGGCGCAUCCCAUUGAAUUCUUAUGGGACCCACCACUAUAGGCAUACUACCACUACUAUAGGUGCAAAGGAGCAAAAAAGUUAAGGAAAAUAAUUGUUUUUCGACAAAUCCUGAACAGAAAACUGAAUUAAUGUUAUUAAUUAAGUAUAAUGCAUCUAUUAAAAAUAUCAUUUGCGAGAUUUUUUUGUGGAAAAAGUGCUAAAUUGCCACUACCACCACUAUCGGUACUACCUCCACUAAGGGAGCUUUUACCCUAACAUUAUCUGAAAUUUUGAAAACUGCUUCUAGAAAAUAGCAAAUUUCUUGGCGUUCGGUCAAAAUUCGUCAUUUUUGCGAUAAUGUACCUUUACGCUUUAUUUCUUGAUUUCUUCCGAAGUACAAAGGUCCAAUUCCCAAUUAUAGAAAUCAUACAAUCAAUCUUCUAUUCAAAUCUUAUCGUAAUGGGGUCGGAUGGUUGUUUAUGUUUGCUCUACAAGUGCAUGUUGUACGACUCAAUCUUCGAACACAAAGCCAAAGAAAUUCACGAACAGAGUGUAACUACCGAAAUGUACACAAUUUAAGUAACUUCAGGAGUGAAUACAUACUAGAUUUGUCUACUGAAUAUUCAGAAAGUUUUCUUGAUAUUACUUUUCUACUUCACUCGUUCAAUGAUAUAGGGUGACGAAGGGUAUUAUCGGCAGGUUUGUUCUCUUCGUCAUGGGGGGUUUUUGUGGGCCGAAUUGCCUGAAAUUUGGGCAUAUAACUCAGCUUGGUUGGGAAGGAUUUGAGGCCAACUCUGAGACCUCCUCCUCUCCUCUUCUCUUCUUGGCGUAACGUCCUCACUGGGACAAAGCCUGCUUCUCAGCUUAGUGUUCUAUGAGCACCUUCACAGUUAUUAACUGAGAGCUUCCUCUGCCAAUGACCAUUUUGCAUGCGUAUAUCGUGUGGCAGGCACGAAGAUACUCUAUGCCCAAGGAAGUCAAGGAAAUUUCCUUCUGAGACCUACAGAUUUCAAAAAACCCCAUGACGAAGAGAACAAAACGGCCGAAAAUACGCAAGUUCCCCUACCUAAGCAGAAUUCAAAACAACAGUCUAAACAAGAAAUGUGAUAGUUCAACUCGAUGUUUCAAAAAUUGAGGAAAUAUGGGUUAUAGGGGAAUUAGAGGCAUAAUGGAUACCCUGCCUAAGCAAAUGUGUGAGUUGUUGUGGAGCAUAUUCUUCAAUCAAUAAAUGCAGUUUUCGUUAAAAAUGCAUUGAUGAGAGCAUACACAUGUAUUUAUAUUAUUCCUUAGAAGAGAGGCACGUUAUACCUGUUUAUCACAUUCAGAUGUCUAAUCCAGACUGUAACACGAACGAUUUCGGUGAAAUGUAUUGUCGUCGCGGUUGAAACCCGAAGUUUUUUCACACCCGACAACCGAAUUUUCUCAAAAUCCAUACGUGAAACCUAAUGUCGGACGUAGUGCGCUGGACAGCGGACCUGGUCCUCUAUCCAACGCACUGUAUCCGACGUACGUCCGACACACGGUUUAGGAGAAAUAUCGAUUUUCGCGUGUCAAAAAUUCCGAUUUUCAACUGCACGAACAAUAGUUAAGAACGGAGAAAUUGAUGGAAAAUAUGAAUCUAUGCCUAUUGGAGUGCUGUUAGUAAGUACCUAGUAAGAAAUAAAAACAUUCAAUUUCAAAUCGUUUGGUUUGUAGAAAUUCAUUUGAAAACUUGCCUUGUCAACAACGGGCUAACAAACAAUCUCACCUUUUCGACUCAUUUGGUUUCUAAUCAAUCAUCACAAUUCCAGCCGAAAAAAAAUGUUGCAAUAUGCGCAAUUACAACCAACUUUCAGUGGUUAUUCAACGUUUUCUCCAUCGAACAAAUGCACUCACCAGGCCAUCCCUCCCUUGCCCGACCGACAGCCAGCAUCAUCCAUAUAAUGCGCUGCUGCUGCACCCAUAUUGGCCGCGGCCUUGUUUUUCGUGAAUUUUCAUUUUCGCUCAGCACAAUUUGUUUUUCUUCCUGACGAAACAACAACGAACGGCGCGCGAUCGAGGUGCCCCCUUCAAUCGAGCAUAUGAUCGCAUUUCUAAAAUUAAACACGUCCAAUCAUCGACGCGUAAAAAGUUACGCGGGCACACACAUGUUGCUGACUGCUGGGGCCGGCUGAUGCGCGCGCUCCCCGCGGAUCUUAUCUCCACGCGUGGCCACGGCCAGCUCCGUUGGGGCGUUUCCAUACCAUUAUAAUUUCUUUUCUUUUUUUUCGAAUCGAAGAUUUUUGGCCCGGUAGGGGCCCGAAAAUUCACUUUCUGUCGGAGGUUAAUUUGCAGGAAAUUGCUGCAGCCAGGCAAAUGUACCAAGCAAGGCGAGAGAAAAGGUUGUUUUCAUUCGCACAAAGUUCAGUGGCAAAUCUGCGAGCGAUGCGAAACCGAGUUGGACAAACUACGCGGUUCGGUCUAAUUAUAGAGAGGCGUCGUGUAAAGAUAAGUUCUCAUAAAUUAGUAAACUACUUUUGAGUUAGUGCUCGUUGUUUCGAAUUAGAAGAGAGUCAAACAGUUGGGCAGCAUCAUUGGGGCCAGCUGAAUACAUAGGCGUGUUUGGAUGCUAUGACUUCAAGAAAUGCAGGACAAAAGAUGGUACCUUUUUUCACAGAAAGGCUAGUAAUAAAAAUGAACAAAAUACCUUGAUAAAUGGUUGUUUAAGCCCAUAGUUUAAUCGCUGCCCCUUUCCUGUGCUUGCCCAUGGUUGGUAGUGAACGAGUAACGAAGAUGAAGAGGGUCCACAACAGGAGCAAACCUCCGCUAAAUUAAACACAAUCAAGAUCGUGACAUUCGACCAUAGGAAUGCAUAAGCUACGCGCGCAUAGUGAGUAUAUACCUACAGCUAACGCUUCGGAGGAAUGCCAUAGGUACUGACCAACGAGGCACGACGAAGACGGCCGUCGAGUGCAACACUUGAAGAUCACGAGAAAAAAUAACAUCAUGCAUUCUGGUGCACUUCUCAGCUCUCUGUAUCAAUUCACUGGACAAAAGAAAAUGAAAGUGGUGUACAGACUUCCCAUGGGGCAUUUUUAUAUUUCAUUUCCGUUUCUGUUCUUUGUUUCAAAUCGCCGAGUGUUUAUUCCUGCUAUUUACAGUGCAGGUAAAGGAAUGUGUACAAAAGGCAAUUAAUAACUGAAAAAAUGCCAACAAAUUAAACCAUCUUCGCUAUUGAAAUUUUUGGGUCUUUCUUAGAUGAGGGGCAGCGCGUUUAAUAGAAUGUGCUUCCUGUCUGAUUUCCGCGUCCAGCCCGGAACGGAGCAAAGGAGGGAUGCAAAUGAAUUGGUGAGCUCGUUUUGUGCUAUUAAUUUUGUUUGACGACAUGACUCCAAACUAUUCUAAAUUAUUGUGCUGAGUGGCAGCCCAGGUGUGAAUCUGCAGCUUUACCCAACACUUCCAUUCCGGAAUAGCUGGCUCGUGACCAAUGAAGUCAUGUGAUGCUCCUGUGCGAGCUAUCUCAUCAGCCAAUGCAUUUCCAGCGAUGGAAGAAUGGCCAGGUACCCAUACAAGAUGAACAGCGUUUGCUGAGGUCAGCUCUUCGAUUUUAGUUCGACAACCGAUAACUAACUUCGACCUAGAGUUGACCGACGCAAAUGCUUUAAUAGUAGCCUGGCUAUCUGAACAGAAGUAUAUUUACUUUGCCCAUUACAUACUUCUGAGCGGCCGAUUGCACUUCGCACUUAAGAGCAAAGAUUUCGGCCUGAAAACCGGUGCAGUGUCUACCAUGUAGACUGAUGUAGCCUUAGCUCACGAGAGUAGACACCAACAUCAGCUCGACCUGCGGGAAGGGAGCCAUCAGUGUAUCAUAAUAUGCCGGCUGAAAUACUUCUCUCGAGAUAACCUGAUGUCCACUCUUCCCGGGAAGGGAAUUUCGUGGAAAACACCCUAUAUAGAAAAUUACAAGCAAUUGAAAGAUCAGUUGGAGCGAAGACAACUUUGUCUCAAUUCACCAAAAGUGGAAACAACGAGGUGUGUGUUGACCUGCGGUUCACAGGAGUUUCCUCUAGUAGACUGAGUAUUCGUAGACGGUACACAGUUAGAAAAUAGUGCCUCUACAUGUGAACCAUCAUGCUUACCAAUCUGGAAAGUCCACUGUGACUCUUUUACACAAAGUUGUUUACGAUAUCGAGAAGGCAUUCGCUCAAAAAUAAUCCUGCUUGGGUGUUUUCUUAGAUAUCGAGAGUGCCUUUGAAAACGUGCCUUUCGAUGCCAUAUUGGAAGCCGCACGGGGUCAUGGUAUAUCUCCUAUGAUUUCCAAUUGGAUUCACCAAAUGCUCAAAAACCGACAUCUCUUCUCGACAUUGCGUCAAGCGGCGAUUAGGAAAUGAAGUGUUUGUGGAUGCCCCCAAGGGGGAGUCUUAUCACCACUUUUGGAAUCUCGUAGCAGAUACGCUAUUGAGGCAACUCAAUAAUAGCGGUUUUCCUAUAUAUGGUUUUGCCGACGACUACCUAACAUUGUUAGUCGGUAUGUGCAUCAGCACUCUUUUCGACCUGAUGCAAAACGCUCUUCAGGUAGUUGAGGGUUGGUGUCGCCAAUAUGGCCUUUCGGUAAAUCCGAGUAAAACAUCUAUUGUUCUUUUCACGGAAAAGCGAAACCGUAAUGGUGUUCGACCUUUACGUCUCUUUGAUUCUGAAAUCAAUGUGACUGAACAGGUAAAGUACGUUGGAGUCAUUCUUGAUUCCAAGCUUUCCUGGACACAGUUCAGAAUCAAGAAAGCUUGUAUGGCCUUCAGGCAAUGCCGCGAACGUUUGGUACAACUUGGGGUCUUAAACCCAAGUAUAUCAAAUGGAUUUACACAACUGUUGUUCGCCCAAUAUUGGCUUAUGGAUGUCUGGUGUGGUGGCAAAAGGACGAAGUGAGAACGAUCCAAUCAAAAUUAGGCCAUCUCCAAAGGAUGUGCUUAAUGGCGAUGUCUGGAGCGUUCUCUUCAAAUCCUACGGCAGCGCUCGAAGUGCUCUUUGACGUUGCCCCACUACACAUCCAUCUCAAACAAGAAGCACUUUCUUGCACUUACCGUCUAUGGGUACUCGGUUUACUAGAGGAAACUCCUGUGCACCGCAGUUCAACACACUGUUACAAUUUGGAAUUAUGCCGACAAAAUGGAACAACAUUUCUUUGAGUGCAGUUAUGAUAAAUUGCAGCCAACUUCAUCAUUCUACGCCGUUAAUUUCUUCUCACACACCACGGAAAGAUAUUCCUCGAUAUCGCUAACACAGUGUCGAACCGAUGUCCAGAAGCUGGUGCACAUGAGUACAAUGGACCAUUGUAGAUCAAACAAUGCUCGAGUGUGGUUCACCAAGUGAAGCCCCGAAGAACCUUACCUUAGUGCAUACAACGAAGAUUGUGCAAAAUUGUGCCUAAAAGGAAGCUUUAAAGUGAAAACGUACGAAAUUGCAAUUAAGUGGGUAAAUGUUAUGUUUGGAGCCAUAGAACAGGCUUUAAUGUAUCUCCUCACAACAGGUACAAGGCUAAAUACGCACACGUGGCAAAAACGUGUAGCCAACCACUAGCAAGUCCCGUUAGCCCCUUCCAACCAGGUAAUUACUACCGAUAUUGGGCUCUUUCGUGCACUAAUCAAUUAAUUACAGUUCUUGCAUGCACGGUGGACGACUCUGUAAGUGCCAGAGGAAUCUGUGCGACAGACAUUCCCUGUUUGGGAUCACACUCACACGACAGGUAACUCCGCGCAACUGCUAAAUGAGCUUAUAUGAACCUGUACUCAAGUGCAUAUUGUCCCCAGCUACCCAUACAACACCGUAGGCAGCACGUAAGUUCGGGAUUGAACGAACGAUUCGACCAUUCGAACCAGAAGGCCUUCGAAAGAGGGCCUUUUAUUUCUAGCCCCAAACGCUCCAACCGGUCCGGUAUCACAGAAGCUUCGCCUCAAGAGCUCGCCAUUCAAGCGUCAAAGAGCUACAAGAGCGUCCUUCACUCGACUGGUGGGUUCCUGGAAUUCCGUCUCGACCGAUCGUCUGGUUGCGAGAAACGUCUCCAAGAAGGACAUCAUCUGAAGCCUGGGCACGAUUCGUAGCGGAUUAUCCCCGAAUCGCAGUGGCACUCCACCGUACAAUAGUGCGACGAUCGAGGCAACCAACGUGCGACAAUCUACUUCGCAUCGGUGUGACACGAGCGAUAAAGUGCAUCUAAGUGCGACAGACGAGGCAGCACAGUGCGACAUCCAGAGCCUGCAACAAGUGCUACGUGACACAGGCGGUGUUGCGCCGCAGUUCGAAGGCGACACGACAGGUCGAAUUGCAUCGAGUGUUGCGACCUGGUGCAUUGUGUCGCGCAACAGACAUCAGCUGCAGUUCAACAACGAGACCAACGGGGCCCCCACCGAAGAAGAACAUGUGAGAGAAAGUUAAUGUAUGUAUCACCUUAGCUUUAAGCAAAGUUGGCCAGUAUGAGUCAUUAUAUUUUUAUAAGCAGCAAAGAUUAGCCUUUUCACACUAGUUUAUUUUUGAGUCACGAUAUUUUGCCUUUUGAGUCCAUCGGCUGCUAGCACACCUCCAACAACCAAGAAAGUGGCUAGCCGGCUUGAAAAGUUUGAAUUAAGAGGUGUGAUGCCACUCGAUAGACAUCUUCCUGUUUAGUUGGCUCCUCUUAGCAUCAAAAGCAUUCCCCGUAAAAUCAUAGCGUUUCAUGUUUCCUUUGACGGAUUCCUGUAAGCAAAAGGAAUUUGGUCACAUUGGCGCCCAGACUAAAAAACCCACUUCGCGUUUCGUUAUAACUCGCGUAACGGUUCUGUCAAGUGAGUGAUCAGUGAGUGAAGAAGUGCAACAUCAGUUAUUAGUGAAAGUGAAAUUCAGAAAUGGAUCUGAACCAGCUGACGCCGGAGGAGAUAGAUUUCGAGCUCCUGUUACGAAACACGACGGGAAUUCGAGGAAAGAAUUUGGAAUGGAAGAUUUCGCGACUGCAACAGCUGCUGGACAGUGAGCAGGAUGGAUCACCGGUACCAAGGUACUCAUCGCAUGUGGUUUCGGACAUGGACAGCAUUUACCACUGCCAAACAACAAUUUCGCCGAUUUUCCACGCUCUCAAUGCAGCUUUCAAGCAGCAAAAUGAAGCGCAGGUGACUUCCUUGCGAUCGAGACUGCUGCACUACAAAUUCAGGCUCUCGCUUAUAACAGAAGCCACGAUUAUGGACGAAGCCAAACAAUCGUUGACAAAGAUUUGCAACGCUCUGCACCAAAUUGACGAGUUCCUGAGCGACAAAAACAUAGAACACCAGAGCGACACAAAGGACCCGGAAGAUCUUCCAAGCGACCCGGAAACACUGAAGCGGCUAAAGAUCGCACAGCUGCAAUCGAGCAUCGACGAGGCAGAUAAGCAGCAAAAGGUGUUACAACAAGAGCUUCAACGAACGAUACAGGAUGGGCAGAUUCCUCAGCGAUCACCAGAUCAGGACAACGUGUUUUCGACGCUGCAGCAACAACAACAAUCUCACAUGCGACAACAGAACCCGAAUCCAACAGAAUCACAGCAGCAACACGGUUUGACUCAGCAAUAUUCGCAAGAGGUUCUCAAUCCGCUUCAGCAUCCAACACUCUCAGGACAGCAUCAACAGCAGCAAACAGAACAAUCACAACAGCGAGGUUUUCAACCAGAGCAGCGCCUACAUUUGUUGCUGAAUCAAAUGCAGUUGCAGCAACAACAACUGGAACAACAGCUGCGGCAGGAGCAGCAGAGGCGGCAGCAACUGGAAUGGCAGUUACAACACCAACAGCACCAACAAAGCGUGGCAGCAGUGCAACAGCAGGCGAACUAUGCGCCAAACUAUACCUAUGGAUCCAUUUCGGGAUACUGGGGUCCUCAAAACCAGAGAGAAUCUGGAAUAGCCCAGGAACCACAACGAAGUGGCCUUACUCCACCGGUAGGAGUUCCGUCCAGACCCAACACACCCAGAUCAUCCAAUCAACUGGUAAAUUCUAAUCGAUUCUCACAACCAGUGCACAAAUGGCCCUUUGAAUACGCCGGCGAGAACAACAUCGUGAAGUUAGGAGAGUUCCUAAAUCAAGUGAAUACUUACGCGGUGACAGAGGGCAUGGAUGAUCAAGCCUUGCUUCGUUCGAUCAAGCAUUUGCUGAAGGGCCGUGCUCUUCAAUGGUACACACGGUCAUACCUCGACCUUACGACAUGGGAAAUCUUUAAGGCUGAAAUCAAACAAGAGUUUCUGCCUCCCAACUACUCAGAGAUUGUAAAACAGGAUCUGUACUUACGCUUCCAAGGUCCAAACGAACCCUUCACGAGCUUUUAUAGAGAUCUGGUAGCGGCGUUUGAGAUCAUAAAUCCUCCGAUAACCGAAUCUGAGAAACUGUUUAUUUUGAAAUCCCAUCUUAACUCAGACUUUUCUCCAAUCGCGGCUGCGUCUCGCUCUGGUAAUGUUCGGGAUCUAGUGUCAGUCUGCAAGGACUUUGAGGUUUCUCGGUCAUACACAAUACGGGGACGAGCCUCUACAACGGCACGAACUUCAGGACCGCGACAAGAAUCCUCAGCAUUCCAACGACCAACAACUAAUCGAAUAGACAACACAAAUCGCUUCCCGAUGAAUAGGCAGCAGUUCGGGACAGCACAACAAAUCAACAUGAUGGAACUAUACCAGGAAAACGAGCAGGAGCUGAAUUUAGAGAACAUCAGAGAGCGAGAGGCAUUUCAACAGGACAUAGCUCUUCGAAAUGAGAUGUCAUUGAAUGUGGUAGACGAAGUGAACGCAAUUCGAACACAAAACAACUGGAGAGCAAGGCCAGCGGACAACGCUUUAGAAGUUCCUUUACGAGAAAGCGGCAACAGAGACUUGGCAACGGCAGUCGUUUGCUGGCAAUGUGAGAAUCCUGGACACACCUACAUGAGAUGUCCAAACCCGAAACGUUAUUUCUUCUGUUACAGCUGUGGGAGAAAGGGUUGUACCACACGCAACUGUGAUGCCUGCAUUCUACGCUUGAGGCAGCUAGAGACACAAAACGCCCCUCAGGUUCCGGGAAACCGAAACUGGGAGAACCCGCAGUAAAGGGUGUGGGAUCUCCUGGAAAUUCUGCCGUUCCCUUUCUUAACAGCAUUCCAGCUUUCUACAAGGCGGAUUCAAUAAUAAUCGACGCCAAUAACAAAGACAAUCGACCAUACGCGACCAUAUCUAUUCUUGGACGAGAAUUAAGAGGACUACUCGACAGCGGGGCGACAUGUAGUCUCAUCGGAGGAUCACUGGUGAAAAUAGCAGACGAAUUAGGACUCCGCAAGUUCGCGGUCAAAGGGGAAGUAAAAACCGCAGACAACUCGGCACAUACAGUUUCGUUCUUCUCACACGUUCCUAUCUGGUACCACAACAAGAACCUCACAUUACCAAUGCUGUUCAUUGAAACGAUGCCGCCUAUCCUGAUCCUUGGAAUGGAUUUCUGGACGAAGUUCGGAAUAAAGCCAACCGUUUGUGGCAUUACAGCAAACUGGAAAUCGGAAGCCUCGAUUAUCAGAACAUUGACAUUAGAACAGCAACGAGAACUUCAAGGAGUCAUUCAAUCAUUUCCAACAUCAGAAAGUCAGGGUCGAUUAGGCAGGACCAACAUUUAUUGCCACAAGUUAGACACCGGAAACGCACCCCCUUUCAAACAAAAGCAUUACCCAAUGUCAAAAUUUGUUCUGGAGGAUCUGAAUAAAGAAGUGGACAGAAUGUUAAGGCUAGGGGUAAUAGAAGAAGCGGUUUGCUGUCCAUGGAACAACGCUACGGUUGCAGUUAAGAAAAAGGACGGUUCUAUGCGUCUCUGUCUGGAUGCCCGGAAAUUGAACUCCGUUCUUGUCCAGGAAGCUUAUCCCAUCCCUCAAAUAGCAUCGAUAGUCAACAAUCUUAGUGGUUCCAAAUACCUGUCGUCCAUUGAUUUGGAAUCCGCAUUCUGGCAAAUUCCGCUAGAAGAGGACUCGAAGCAGAAAACCGCCUUCACCAUCCCUCAGCGUGGUCACUACCAGUUCACAGUGGUACCCUUUGGCCUCUCAACGGCUAGUCAGGCACUCUCUCGGGUCAUGAACCAUCUAUUUAUAGAUCUUGAGCCAAAGGUCUUUGUCUAUUUAGACGAUCUGGUACUAGCGACUGACUCAUUUGAAGAGCAUUUAGAGUUGCUCCAAGAAAUAUCACGCAGAUUAAAAGCAGCAGGACUAACUAUAAACACAGAAAAAUCUGUAUUCUGCCGUAAGAGCUUGAAAUUUCUCGGAUAUGUACUCGACGAAGCGGGUUGGCAUGUGGAUGAGGACAAAGUAGAGGCCAUCAACAAGUUCCCGACGCCUUCUACUAAGAAAGAAGUUCAGCGCUUCAUUGGCAUGUGCGGUUGGUAUAGAAGGUUUAUAAAUAAUUUUUCGAAGACAGCAGCUCCCCUUACGGAACUGACCAAAGCAAAGCACAAAUUUGAGUGGACUGAAGAUUGUGAAAAAGCAUUUCAAACCCUCAAAAGCCACCUAGUCUCCGCUCCAAUACUCGCAACACCGGAUUAUUCGAAGCCUUUCGCGGUCGCUUGUGAUGCGUCCGAUAUCGCCAUUGGUGGAAUUCUCACGCAAGAAAUUCAAGGACACGAAAAAGUCAUCUGCUACUUUUCACAGAAACUUUCAUCGUCCGAAAGGAAGUAUUCGGUUACACAACGCGAAUGUCUUGCAGUAAUACGAUCAAUCGAAAAAUUUCGUGGAUAUCUAGAGGGGACACAUUUUACAGUCUACUGCGACCAUUCAAGUCUCACCUAUCUAAGGACGAUGAAGAACCCUACGUCGCUUUUGGCUAGAUGGAUACUUCGAUUGAAUGCGUACUCUUUCGACAUCAAAUAUCGUAAAGGAAGCAUUAACAUAGUUCCAGAUUGCCUUAGCCGAAUAGAAAUCGCGAAUGCAGUCUCCGGAUCAGUAGCGUCCGAUCCGUGGUUCGACAAGCUAUUCAGUGAAAUUCAAGCAGACAGCGACAAAUUCCCUGAUUUCAGAAUAAUCGGAGGGCAGCUCUAUAAACAUUGCGUUGUAAAGAAUGAAGUUGGAGGCAAAAGUCAUCGCUGGAAAAGGGUAGUUCCAACGCAUCUACGUCGAGAACUCAUACACAGAUUCCACGACAUUCCAACAGCAGCUCAUCUGGGAUUUGAGCGCACACUCAACCGUAUACAACGUGACCACUAUUGGCCCCAAUUACCCACGGAUGUACGACAAUACGUAAAUGCUUGUGAAGUCUGUAAAGCGUGCAAGGCACCGAACACGACCCUUACUCCGACCUUAGGACAUCCGAAACCAGCUCAACUACCAUGGGAGUUGAUAUCGAUUGACUGGAUAGGACCAGUCACCAAGUCCAAAAAAGGAAACACCGUCCUCUUGGUAAUAGUGGAUUGGGUUACUAAAUUCGUAAUCUGCGAACCAUUUCGUACAGCAAACGCGUUAAAAAUGACGUUGUUCCUGGAAAAAUACGUGUUCCUAAGAUUUUCAACGCCCCGGAUAAUUGUGUCGGACUCGGGAACACAGUUUCUUUCGCAAGUUUUUCAAUCCUUACUCAAGCGUUACAACGUAAUCCACAUGAGGACAGCGUUCUAUACCCCAAUGUGUAAUGCUGCCGAAAGAACAAACCGUACUCUAAUAACGUGCAUUCGAUGCCUGCUCGAUGAGGAUCAUAGAGACUGGGACGACCACAUUCAGCAAGUAGUUUGUGCAAUCAACACGGCAAAGCACGAAACCCUCGGAUGCACUCCCUACUUCUGUAACUUUGGAAGGGAUCACAUCCUAUAUACGGACCAAUAUCCAGCAGCCAAACUGAACUCGGAGAGCGACCCGGCAACAGCGCAAAACGUACGAAUAAAAACUGCUCAGAAUAUUCAACAUUUUGUUUUGGCGAAGAUCAGAGCAGCACACGAUAGCAGCAAAAAACGAUACGAUCUGAGAGCUCGAUCCAGAACAUUCGCAGUGGACGACAUCGUAUGGCGGCGUUCUUUUGAACUUUCAAUUGCAGCGGAUCAUCGGACGAAGAAACUUGGAGUCAAAUUCAUUCCGUGCAUCGUCCGACAGGUACAAGGUUGCAACAAUUACCUGUUGGAGGACAUCAAAACCUCGAAAACCGGGGUUUAUCACUCGAAGGACAUCAAAUCGGAUUGAGCACCAUUUCACAAGCUAUGUAUACGACUCAUUAGUCUGACCAGGAGCGGCAACGCCAUCGAACUAGUGUUGCUGAUUGACUUGUAGGCCCAACAACAAUACAGAAACCUCGUCGUCAGCAACCACUCCAGAUUAACAACAACCAACUUCUCAAAUGUUCAGCUAUGUCCACAGCACUCCACCUGUCAACAAUGCGCAGCAAUUGCCAAAGAGAACACCGCUAUCAGACCAUUUCGGAGGCAAUCUACAGGACCUUGCCAAGCACUUGCCUUCACCUCAAAGAACUUGGUCUGGCGAGUUACAAAUCUACAGAAUCCAACAAGUCCCAGCUAUGUACGCAGAUCAACUGUCCGACUAUGAGCAUCAUGCCCACAAAACACACUUGCUGCUGACUCGAAGGCCCAAAAACAUUUACCGGGAAACCUCGUCGCAGCAAGAAGUCUCGCGGAUCUCUCGCUUCUUUCACCCAUCAGGUGUCUACUAUAUCGCCAGCAAGUCAUUGGAUUCCUCGCAGCGAAGAAUGGGACAGGAGCACCUACGGAGAAGACAGAACAGUUCAACCUUGCAAUCCGUGAGAGAUCAGUCUUCCCAAAGUCAACGACUAAACAAUCACUACUGUCAAGAUCACUCACUUAAGUCUGGAACUUCUAGAACGCCAAAAAUAACGCUAAGUAUUUACUCAAACUUUCAAUGACUCAAAAUAUUAUAUGCUGCUUGGUAAAAUUAGAUAAUGGAAAUUGGACUAUUUCUCGGCAAAAUUUCUGGCGCCCAACAACUAAACCGUAACUCAGGUGUUGACGACGCAAUUGGCCCUAGAUUAAGAAUAGUAUAAGGGGUAGAUUUAGAGAUAUUCCGCAGCGCAGCAGCAGCGGUGAAGUAUUUUCUUGAAUUGAUCUGGCACAAAACGUGUAACCAAGAACCAUUAUACCGUUAGCUAAUAAGAUAUGUAGUGAGGUACCGUAGAUAACUAAGAAACCGAACACAACACUCGAUGUCCACAUUAGGAGAUCUGUUCGAGGUUGAUAGAUAUAAAUAGAAACAAUUAGCCUCUCCAAGACCUGAUCGUCAGCAGAUAGACGAAAUUUUUGCGAAUGCAGCAUUCGCAAAAAUUUCGUGACCGUUUGUAUGAUGUUGUGUUACAAUUUGGAAUUAUGCCGACAAAAUGGAACAACAUUUCUUUGAGUGCAGUUAUAAUAAAUUGCAGCCAACUUCAUCAUUCUACGCCGUUAAUUUCUUCUCACACACCACGGAAAGAUAUUCCUCGAUAUCGCUAACACAGUGUCGAACCGAUGUCCAGAAGCUGGUGCACAUGAGUACAAUGGACCAUUGUAGAUCAAACAAUGCUCGAGUGUGGUUCACCAAGUGAAGCCCCGAAGAACCUUACCUUAGUGCAUACAACGAAGAUUGUGCAAAAUUGUGCCUAAAAGGAAGCUUUAAAGUGAAAACGUACGAAAUUGCAACUAAGUGGGUAAAUGUUAUGUUUGGAGCCAUAGAACAGGCUUUAAUGUAUCUCCUCACAACAGGUACAAGGCUAAAUACGCACACGUGGCAAAAACGUGUAGCCAACCACUAGCAAGUCCCGUUAGCCCCUUCCAACCAGGUAAUUACUACCGAUAUUGGGCUCUUUCGUGCACUAAUCAAUUAAUUACAGUUCUUGCAUGCACGGUGGACGACUCUGUAAGUGCCAGAGGAAUCUGUGCGACAGACAUUCCCUGUUUGGGAUCACACUCACACGACAGGUAACUCCGCGCAACUGCUAAAUGAGCUUAUAUGAACCUGUACUCAAGUGCACAUUGUCCCCAGCUACCCAUACAACACCGUAGGCAGCACGUAAGUUCGGGAUUGAACGAACGAUUCGACCAUUCGAACCAGAAGGCCUUCGAAAGGUGAAAUGACUGUCCAUAAUAUCCAGGAAGAGGGAACUAACCAAGCCCAACCUCAUUAGAGGGCCUUUUAUUUCUAGCCCCAAACGCUCCAACCGGUCCGGUAUCACAGAAGCUUCGCCUCAAGAGCUCGCCAUUCAAGCGUCAAAGAGCUACAAGAGCGUCCUUCACUCGACUGGUGGGUUCCUGGAAUUCCGUCUCGACCGAUCGUCUGGUUGCGAGAAACGUCUCCAAGAAGGACAUCAUCUGAAGCCUGGGCACGAUUCGUAGCGGAUUAUCCCCGAAUCGCAGUGGCACUCCACCGUACAAUAGUGCGACGAUCGAGGCAACCAACGUGCGACAAUCUACUUCGCAUCGGUGUGACACGAGCGAUAAAGUGCAUCUAAGUGCGACAGACGAGGCAGCACAGUGCGACAUCCAGAGCCUGCAACAAGUGCUACGUGACACAGGCGGUGUUGCGCCGCAGUUCGAAGGCGACACGACAGGUCGAAUUGCAUCGAGUGUUGCGACCUGGUGCAUUGUGUCGCGCAACAGACAUCAGCUGCAGUUCAACAACGAGACCAACGGGGCCCCCACCGAAGAAGAACAUGUGAGAGAAAGUUAAUGUAUGUAUCACCUUAGCUUUAAGCAAAGUUGGCCAGUAUGAGUCAUUAUAUUUUUAUAAGCAGCAAAGAUUAGCCUUUUCACACUAGUUUAUUUUUGAGUCACGAUAUUUUGCCUUUUGAGUCCAUCGGCUGCUAGCACACCUCCAACAACCAAGAAAGUGGCUAGCCGGCUUGAAAAGUUUGAAUUAAGAGGUGUGAUGCCACUCGAUAGACAUCUUCCUGUUUAGUUGGCUCCUCUUAGCAUCAAAAGCAUUCCCCGUAAAAUCAUAGCGUUUCAUGUUUCCUUUGACGGAUUCCUGUAAGCAAAAGGAAUUUGGUCACAACACACCUUGUUGUUUCCACUUUUGGUGAAUUGAGACAAAGUUGUCCUUGCUCCAAGUGAUCUUACAAUUGCUUGUAAUUUUCCAUAUAGGACAUUUUCCACGAAAUUCCCUUCCCGGGAAGAGUGGACAUCUGGUUAUCUGGAGAGAAGAAUUUCAGACGGCAUCGUAUGUUACACUGAUGGCUCCCUUCUCGAAGGUCGAGCAGGUGCUGGUGUUUAUUCUCGUGAGCUAAGGCUGUAUCAGUCUUAUUCACUUGGCAGACACUGCACCGUUUUUCAGGCCGAAAUCUUUGCUCUUAUGUGCGGAGUGCAAUCAGCACUUCAGCAGCACGUAAUGGGCAAAGUAAUAUACUUCUGUUCGGAUAGCCAGGCUGCUAUUAAAGCACUUGCGUCGGCCAACUCCAGGUCGAAGAUAGUUAUCGCUUGUCGAACUCAAAUCGAGGAGCUGAAUUCAGCAAACGCUGUUCACCUUGUAUGGGUGGCCAUUCUUCCAUCGCUGGAAAUGAAUUGGCUGAUGAGUUAGCUCGCACUGGAGCAUCACAUGACUUCAUUGGCCCUGAGCACGCUUUUCCGGUAUCCAAGUGUUGGGUGAAGCUUCAGAUUGACACCUGGGCUGCCACUCAGCACAAACAAUACUGGAAUAGUUUGGAGUCAUGCCGUCAAACAAAAUUGUAUUGUACUGAGCCAUCUCUAGGAGUGGCAAAGUAUCUAACAAAUCUGUCAAAGCAGAAUUGCAGCAUGCUGGUCUAACCAUUGACUGCCCACUGCCGACUCAGUUAUCACAUGGCGAAUAUUCCGCAAGCUGAUUCAUUUGCCUGUGAUAGCUGUGAAUCCGAUUAUGGAACUUCGUAUUAUUUAAUAUGUAACUGUCCAGGUUUUGCGCAAUUGCGUUUCCAAGUACUCGGGAAACACUUAUUAAGUGAAACUGACUUCAGAAACCUGAAUCUUCAGGACGUUCUGUUGUUCUUGACCCGCUGUGGUAAAGAGCUAUAGGCUCUCUUUACGCUUUAUGCGUUAUCACAGUGCCCUUCUCAGGGCGCUGUUUAAACCCAUUGUGGUACGCUUAUGCGUUAUUACAGUGUCCUUUUCAGGACGCUAUGUGAACCCAUUGUGGCACGCUUUUGCGAGUAUGACGAUUCCCUUACCUGUCCUUUCCCAUGUCCUAUCCUUUUUCCUUCCCUUCUUCGUCAGGUAAAUGAUGAAUAGGCUCGUGUUCAUGGCGAUGGCACAAAUUUCCCGAAUGGAGGAGAACGUGCCUCUAGAGCCGACCUACUGAUACCUGAUGCCUAUCUCAUCAGCCAAUGCAUUUCCAGCGAUGGAAGAAUGGCCAGGUACCCAUACAAGGUGAACAGCGUUUGCUGAGUUCAGCUCUUCGAUUUGAGUUCGACAAGCGAUAACUAACUUCGACCUAGAGUUAACCGACGCAAAUGCUUUAAUAGUAGCCUGGCUAUCUGAACAGAAGUAUAUUUACUUUGCCCAUUACAUACUUCUGAGCGGCCGAUUGCACUUCGCACUUAAGAGCAAAGAUUUCGGCCUGAAAACCGGUGCAGUGUCUACCAAGUAGACUGAUGUAUCCUUAGCUCACGAGAGUAGACACCAACAUCAGCUCGACCUGCGGGAAGGGAGCCAUCAGUGUAUCAUAAUAUGCCGGCUGAAAUACUUCUCUCGAGAUAACCUGAUGUCCACUCUUCCCGGGAAGGGAAUUUCGUGGAAAACGCCCUAUAUAGAAAAUUACAAGUAAUUAAAAGAUCACUUGGAGCGAAGACAACUUUGUCUCAAUUCACCAAAAGUGGAAACAACGAGGUGUGUGUUGACCUGCGGUUCACAGGAGUUUCCUCUAGUAGACUGAGUAUUCGUAGACGAUACACAGUUAGAAAAUAUCACCGACUUCGGUAAUGUUUUACCGAAAUUGCAACCGUUAAGUUUGUGUUACAGGAAAAAAUCGGUAGAGGUAGUAACAUUUACCGAAGUUCGUUAGAGUUUGACAGAUAAACGAUAACAUUUGACUGGAAUCUGAGAUGGCCCAAAAAAAGUCUACGUAGUUUAUGGACAGCGCCAUUGAGUUGCCUCAACAGUGUAUCUACUAAGAGAUUCCACCAAAGCGACGUGAUGACUCCCCCUUGGGGGCAUCCACAAACACUCAAUUUCCUAAUCGCUGCUUGACGGCAUCUCGAGAAGAGAUGUCAGAUUUUGAGCAUUUGGUGAAUGCAAUUGGAAAUCUUUGGAGAUAUACCAUGAUUCCGUGCGGCUUCCAAUAUAUGGCAUCAAAAACACGUUGUCAAAGACACCCUCGAUAUCUAAGAAAACACUCAAACAAGAUUGCUUUCAAGAGAAUGCCAUCUCGAUAUCGUAAACAACCUUGUGUAAAAGAGUAACAGUGGACUUAUCUAAUUGGUAGGUAUGAUGGUUCACAUUUAGAGGCACGUUGGCCAGAUGAACAUCACGGAUGUGAUUAUUGACAAUGUGUUCUAAGCUUUGCAGACGAAAAGAGCUCAGACUGAUAGGUCUGAAACUCUUUGCUUUUUCAUAUGACGCACGACCCACUUGGGUAGUAGUUUUUUUUAAACAUGUUUGAAACAAUAAAAUCCCUUCUGAAGCAAAGUAGGAUAAAUCCCAUCUGCCCCAGGAGAUUGAAAAGAAGCAAAGCUAUUUAGUGCCCACUCAAUCGAUUCUAAAGUUAUGAUACUCCGAGCCGAACUGCAAUAAAAGACAUCAGGUUCAUCCGAAGAUGUAAUAUCCACACAUCCGGGGAAGUGUGUACUGAAUAAACAUUCCAAAACUUCCUCAUCAGAGGAAAUGAAAUCACUAUUUGGCAAACGAAGUACGUUCACUUGAAAAUCCUUAUAUUUUGCAAGGAUUUUGUUCAACCGACUGACUUCACUCAAACUGGAAACAUUUGUACAGGUUUUUCCAGUCGGAUCGUUCAGCAGACCGAAGAGCUUUCUGGUAAGCCUUGCGAGUCGACCUCUGUUCCAACUCUUUCUACAUUGUUUCCUGAGCUUCGCCAGAUCAGAGUUCCACCAAGGGGUUCUUUACAGACCACAGAGGGUAUGCUUCUUCGAAAGCUUCCAAGAUGAAGGCCGUUGUAGUAUCAACGGUAUCAUCUAAAUUACUUGGAGUGUCAAUGGAUGGUGAGUUUCCAUGAAAUUUGGCUGCAAUCAAAUCGGUAAAGAGAUCCCAGUUGGUUGACCGGAGGUUCCUGAAACGCAAAGUUUGCGAAGUAACAUUCACAUAUUCAAACAAGAUGUAGCGAUGGUCAGAUAAAGAUUCUUCAUCUGACACAUGCCAAUUGGUCAGCUCGUGACUAAUUCUGCUAGAGCAAAGCGUUAUGUCUAACACUUCCUCUCUAGCAGAUAUUAUGAAGGUUGGGCGGUUGCUUAUGUUAAGUAACACGGUCCGACAAUUUUUUUGCCCAGCUCUAAAUUUCACCUUUUCUGAUUGCUCCCGACUAGAAACUCAUAAAUCCGAAGUUUUGACCCUCCCCCUCCUGGGAGAGGGGAGGGGCAUGGAUUUGAAAUUUUGAAAAAUCGAAAAAUUUCGAUGUUUUUCGAUCGCCAUUUCAGCUAAAUGCACGAUAUCAAAAAAGGAAAAGGUUGACCACGGAGCUUUAGGGGUUGUGCAACUACCAACAAAAUUUCACGAAGAUCCAUCAAGCCAUUCUCGAGAAACGGUGUUUUUACGAAAUGAUGUUUUAAAGAUUUCUUAUAUUGCACGCAAAGAAUCCAACUACUAUAUGGCACAAUUGUUGAUUUAACCAUGUCGUUUAGCAUCAUGGUGUCUUCGAGGAAGUUUUCCACUACAAUAACGUGCUUCUUUUAACCUGUUGGUAAAAAUGAUCAAUCCCCCUAAAAGUGAGAUAGAAAAUUUACUUUUUGAAUUUUUCAAGAUACAAGGUUGAUGUCUUCACAAGAGUUGUAGAAAAUGCUGUUCUGAAUAACAUUGUCGAAGACGCCAAAUUCGUAACUCCGUUAGUUUUCAAGAUACGUUACGUUUUUAUUACCGGCGGUCUCUUGAAAGUUUUUUUUCCGCAAUAACUUCUUUCACUUUUGAUUCCACAAUUCUAUUCUCACAGUCUCCAAUAGGUCAAUCAUUUUGACUUUCUAAAGGAGACAAUUACUUGUACUUUCGCAUUUGUAUGAGGUAAUUUGCUUACAAUUGCCUAUAAAGUAGUGCGGGGCAAAAGUUCGCACCUAACAGUCUCCACAAAAUAACUAUUAAGCGGAAAGACAAUAAUUUCGUUUUUCAUUGCUUAACGAUUCCCUAUCAUGUAACCUUCAAAAAAUAGCACAAGAUUUUAUCGAGGUCUUUCUGUAGCUCUAGUAAUAAAACUUUUAAUGCAAGUACUUCAAUGCGAACAUUUGCCCCAUACUUGGGGAAAAAGUUCGCACAUGAUAAAAGAUAGUUUAAUGGUACAAAGUUCCAAGUUAAUUCAUGUUUAUCCUCUCACUAUAGCCACGAAAUGUGUUUAUUUCUAUUUAUAACGUACAGGAAUACGGCUUGGUUUUCAGUUUUUGUAUACAAUGUAUUUAAUGAAUACUUCCAAAUGCUAUAAUAUAAUAGUUGUUACCCAGACAACCAGUCAUCGUAUAAGGUGAUAAAGUGGAGGCCAUAUGCGUGCAUGUCUCCAUUUAGGCACAUGUAAAAUGUACGCAUAUCGCCUCCAUUUUAACAUCUUAUACAACAUCUUAUACGAUGACUGGUUGACUGGGUAAUAACCCUAGUGUGGCCAACAUGAUCCUGGCUAGCUUUUUCGACUUCAAUUUUCAAUUUUUUUGAUGAUUAAUCUAAAAAAACGUAAAUAUAUACUAGAGUGCUUGACCAAAUAUCAAAGCGAGGAGGUGCGGGAAAAGAGAUAUUCUAAACAUAAUACCCUACAUAUCAUACCCAUUGACACAUGGGCCGGGACGAACUGCUAGACUUUCCUUCCAAAGUAAGACGUGAUAAGAAAUUUUUGUCUCACCGACUGAGGUGAGAGGUAACCAACCAUGCUCACCACUAUACGCGACGGCCAAAUUAUAAGUUUUUAAUUUAUGCAAGAAUGUAGAAGUUUCUUCAAAUUUUUAAUGCUUUUUUAAUAUUGGAGGUCUAAGUUUUUCUUAAGAUCAAAUUAUCAACUUGUUAUUUUUUAUAUAAAGCAAUGAAUGUCCACAAAUCUCUGAAUAGUUUUUUUUUACUUGUAAUAUCAUACAUUUGUGUUUAAGACUAAAAUCUCGUAUCCUUUUAUUUUUUCGUAAUUAUGGCCGUUUUUAUAUGAAAAUACCAUAUUUUCAAAAUUUACUUAAUCACCUUAAACAAAAAAAAAAUCAUUUUUUAGUUUCUUCGUCAUUAAAAAAUGAAAAUUAGAAUUUUUGAACAAUGCUAAUAAAUUGAAAAUCAACUUGAACCAUCAUAAGAUAAGAAGUGCCAAAAAGAAAAAAAGCCAUUUUUAGAAGAAACCCAAGGAUAACUUUCUUAAAUUGGAUUAUUAAAAACUCUCUAAUUUUACAUAAUAUUGACAACAUAGCUAAAUCUUAGAGUUUAGAUGUAAAGCUUUUAGUUAAGCUAUAGAUACGGCACUGGACCAUUGUGUAGUGGUUCAUUGUUCCAUGGUAAAAAAAGAAGAAGAAUGUGGAUUAAUGCCACGUGUUCAAUCGAUUGACUUUUGUGCGGAGCCGUGUUAUCUAGGUGGCCAUGAAAACAAGUACAUUCUGUGUAAACAUGGCACCGCCCAAACGCCAAAUAAGUGAACUUGUGCAAAAGUUCAUAUUUUUUUGAAAUCCAGCCAUUUCAUAGGAAACCACGUGGACGUUAUAUUUAAUGGGUUUGUCGUUCUUUGGAAAAUAUAGGAUCAUAUUUUAUUUUUAUGUUGACAUAACAGUUGGGUAACUCUCGCUGAGACCGUCCCACUAUUUACACCAUGUCUUCAAAAAUGUUUAAGGUGGCGAUUUUCUGAAAGUCCUCCCCAAAAAAGUAAGGAAAAUGCAUUUGGUUAAUCAAAUUGGUGGACCCCCCGUUAGUUAGAGCCACAAGCAUUUUGGUGAACCCCUCGAUUUUGGUCAAUUGUUAGCUCAUUUAAACCGUUAUAACUCGAAAGUUUCGCCAGAAACCACUUUAAAACUAUAGGUUAUUGGAAAGAGAAAAGAUAGAGGUACUCUUUGCAGUUAUAAAAAGUUUGGUCGGCCAUAUUGAUUUCGGCCGCCAUCUUGAAUUUAUGUACCAAAACAUUUUUUUCACCAUGUUGGCAACCACCGAUUUUCAAAUUUCUUGCGUCAAUCGAAAGCUGGGACAUUUUUACACAACAUAUCGAAAAUUUAGAGAUGUAUCUUUUUCCUAUCAAAAGUUAUCUGCACUUUUGUAAAUCAUGACACGUUUUCUCCAUACAUUUCCAUGCGCACCGGCAAUGACACACAACAGCAUCAAAGUUGGCGCCUGCUUGUAUACACAAACGCACCUGCAGCAAAAUUAGGGCAAAUCGGAAGAUCGUUCUCAUUUUUAACUGUUUCUCAACGAUGCGGGCAUUGCUUUUUAAACUUUUUUGGUGUUUUGAAAAGCUGAAACUUUCAACUUUUCAUUAGUGGAUUCAGAUAUAGAAUAAAUGUCCGUAAACACUGUGAAAUAACGCUGCAUUUAUGUAAACAAUCGGCACCUGGCCCAGUGCGCAAAAGUGGCAUGAUUCACAAAAGUGCAGAUAACUUUUGAUAGGAAAAAGAUACAUCUCUAAAUUUUUGAUAUGUUGUAUAAAUACAGGGGAUGGCCAAAAUGUUUGGGAUAGGCAACUUUUUUUCUCUCACAAAAAAAAAUCAACAUGCUGUAACUUUUCAUAGAGUGCAUCAAAAAAUCUCAAAUUUUGACUGUUUGUCGACCUAUUAUAUGUGCAUCAUUGGUACAAAUUUGAGAUCGAUUGAUUAAUUCUUCGCGAAGUUAGAACCGUUCGGGUAAAACACUAUUAUUUAGACAACUAAUUUUUGAACUGUCAUAUCUUGGAAACCAGUGAACCGAAUUGAAUAAUUUUUUUAACGUUUAUUAACAAUAUAUUGAUACUCAAUACGACGUUAUAAAAUGUAAUAUUUUCUCACGGCGAAUUAAGUUAUACCGGAUUGAAAUUUUUACCCAUAUAAAGGAAAAUAAGUCAAAUUUACAAUACCAUACAAAAAUUAUUAAAUGUGUUCUUCCUUCAAUCUAAAUAGGCUCCAAUAUAUCUGAUUAGAGAUAACUUGAGAACAGAAGUGGAAAAUCUUUGGAUAUCAACACUAAAAUUUAUUGACAUUGAUGUAAAAAAAUCACAUUUUUUCGAGAAAAAUCCAAAAAGUGUCAAUCCAUAAUAACUUUUUUCAACGUUUAAAAAGUACCUAUGUUUUAAUAGUUUGUAAAGCAUUUACAUAUUGUUAGUGUACGUUCAAAAUUUCAUUCAAUUUGGUUCACUGGUUUCCGAGAUACGACACCUCAAAAAUGGGUUGUCUGAAAAAUAGUGUUUUACGCGAACGGUUCUAACUUUGCGAAAUAUUAAUCAAUCGAGCCCAAAUUUGUACCAAUGAUGCACACAUAAUAGGUUGACAAGCAGUGAAAAUUUGAGAUUUUUUGAUGCGCUCUAUGAAAAGUUAUAGCUUGUUGAAUUUUUUUGUGAGAGAAAAAAAAGUUGCCUAUCCCAAACAUUUUGGCCAUCCCCUGUAUGUUCCCGCUUUCGAUUGACGCAAAAAUUUUGAAAAUCGGUGGUUGCCAACAUGGUGAAAAAACAGUUUGGGUAUAAAAAUCCAAGAUGGCGGCCAAAAUCAAUAUGGCCGACCCAACUUUUUAUAACUGUAAAUAGUAGCCCUAUCUUCUCUCUUUUAACAACCUAUAGUUUUUAGGUGGUUUCUGGCGAAACUUUCGAGUUAUAACGGUUUAAAUGAACCAACAAUUGACAAAAAUCGAGGGGUCCGCCAAAAUGCUUGUGGCUCUAACUAACGGGGGGUCCACCAAUUUGAUUAACCAAAUGCAUUUUCCUUACUUUUUUGGGGAGGACUUUCAGAAAAUCGCCACCUUAAACAUUUUUGAAGACAUGGUGUAAAUAGUGGGACGGUCUCAGCGAGAGUUACCCAGUUAUUAAUUUUAACCCUUUGGUUAGGGAACAUUUUUGUACUUUAUAGCUAAUGGCUAGGAUUGUUUAGCAUAUCUGAAAAUAAUUUAUAAUGUCUUCUAAAGCGUAUUUCUUUUUUUAUCAUCUAAAAAUUUAUGUUUUCGCGACCUCUCAGCCCAACAAACAUUUUUGCUCUACAAACCACUUUUAAGUGAACUUUGGCUUAAGAAACUGUUAUUCAGCUAGCAUUGUUUCUUGAGAGAUGUAAUUGUUUCUUUUGUGUUAAAUAACGACUAUUUACAUGUUACAACAUUUUCCCUAACCAUUCUAUCAUUGUAAAAUAGUUUUGCGGAAUUGAACACUAGCAUUAUUUUUCCAAAAGUUAUACGAAAAAUGAAAUUUUCCUGAAGAAUAUUUAAAAACCAAAACAUUUCAACAGUAAUCACAAAAUCUCAGAAUAUUUUUGACUCAAACAAUGAGAACUCAAAUUGGCUUGAAGCAAAAAUAUAGUAGUGUACGAAUGUUAAAAAAAUAGAAAAAGAGAAAUUCAUAAAAUCACGAAUUAAAAAGUAUUUUCAACCAAAUCACGUUUAAGUCGAUUUAAAAAGACGAAUAAUGAUGUUGAGAUCCAAAUUAAAAAACACAUUCCGUUGCUAUAGUGAAAAUAUAAACAUAAAAUAACUUGAAAUAAAUGGACUUUGUACCAUUAAACUAUGUGCGAACUUUUUCCCCAAGUAUGUGGCAAAUGUUCGCAUUGAAGUACUUGCAUUAAAAGUUUUAUUACUAGAGCUACAGAAAGAUCUCGAUAAAAUCUAGUGCUAUUUUUUUAAGGUUACAUGAUAGGGAAUCGUUAAGCAAUGAAAAGCGAAAUUAUUGUCUUUCCGCUUAAUAGUUAUUUUGUGGAGACUGUUAGGUGCGAACUUUUGCCCCGCACUACUUUAUAGGCAAUUGUAAGCAAAUAACCUCAUACAAAUGCGAAAGUACAAGUAAUUGUCUCCUUUAGAAAGUCAAAAUGAUUGACCUAUUGGAGACUGUGAGAAUAGAAUUGUGGAAUCAAAAGUGAAAAAAGUUAUUGAGGAAAAAACACUUUCAAGAGACCGCCGGUAAUAAAAACGUAACGUAUCUUGAAAACUAACGGAGUUACGAAUUUGGCGUCUUCGACAAUGUUAUUCAGAACAGCAUUUUCUACAACUCUUGUGAAGACAUCAACCUUGUAUCUUGAAAAAUUCAAAAAGUAAAUUUUCUAUCUCACUUUUAGGGGGAUUGAUCAUUUUUACCAACAGGUUAAAAGAAGCACGUUAUUGUAGUGAAAAACUUCCUCGAAGACACCAUGAUGCUAAACGACAUGGUUAAAUCAACAAUUGUGCCAUAUAGUAGUUGGAUUCUUUGCGUGCAAUAUAAGAAAUCUUUAAAACAUCAUUUCGUAAAAACACCGUUUCUCGAGAAUGGCUUGAUGGAUCUUCGUGAAAUUUUGUUGGUAGUUGCACAACCCCUAAAGCUCCGUGGUCAACCUUUUCCUUUUUUGAUAUCGUGCAUUUAGCCGAAAUGGCGAUCGAAAAACAUCGAAAUUUUUCGAUUUUUCAAAAUUUCAAAUCCAUGCCCCUCCCCUCUCCCAGGAGGGGGAGGGUCAAAACUUCGGAUUUAUGAGUUUCUAGUCGGGAGCAAUCAGAAAAGGUGAAAUUUAGAGCUGGGCAGAACAAAAGUUGAUUUUUUGUCGGACCGUGUAAUCCAAGAUCUGUACUACUUAAGUAUUCCAUCAAACUGGAGCCUCUCAAAUUGAUGUCUGAGCUGCCCCAGAUUAUGUGGUGAGCAUUAGCAUCACUGCCAACAAUUAGCAGGAGGCCUUUUAAAGUGCUGUAUGCGAUGACUUGCUUGAAAGCAUCCGUAGGGGAUGGUUCAUCAUGUGAUAAAUAAACCGAACAAUAGAUGUAUUUCCUGUAAAAGUUGUUUCCAACCGAUACCAGCGAUGGCAAAUGAUGAAGAUUGCAGCUGAGCAGACACAAAUCAAAACAAACUUACUCGUGAACAACAGGGGCCCGAGAAUACUCGCGCUUCUUUAUUCGUGAGUAAAAGAAGCUGGCAAGCACUCACCUGUAAUUCACGAAGCUUCACUGAGCUUUUUGCAUUUUGGUGAAAAACGCAUUUUCACGACUGGCAUGGCAGUGAUGCUUUUCAGAAACAAUGAAGCAUAAAGCAUUAGUUUAUGAUGGGUAAUUACUGGAUUUGCUAUUAUGACCACAUUAAAAUGCACUUCCCGCACCUCCACUAGUUGAGAACAAUUCCAUCACUGGUGAUGGUUGAUUCAGAGACGAGUAGCAACGAUUGCAUUGUUGACAAGCACACAUGCUCGAGGCAUGACACGCGAGUUUUGAUUCGUCAGGAGUUCAUUAUGCUAUCAAUUUUAUCAGAGCGAUCACCAUAAUCGAUUGAGAUUUGAAACCCAGACUGUUUAAAUAAGAUUUUCGUUUUUGCUUCACGAAAGCCACCAAAUUGGCUGGGCUCACAAGACCGAAAUACAUGGCAUUGGGUCGAGACAACCGAACCGAAUGCGUCAUCGAGUUGAUAACAUCUUCGUUGUUCCAUAAACCUAUGCCCAUCAGCUGAUGGACGGAAUCGUCGUGGCUGGCCCCAGUUUCAGCCGAAUGUGCUGCUUAUUCGAUUGGUCGACCCAUUCCUGAAGUUUAAUUUGCUGGGCGCGCGCGCGUCCAUUAACGAUCCGAUAAAUCAAGAAACAGAGAAGAAAUUUCCGACGAAGAGGGGAACUUUUUUGUCAGUUCAAUUUUUCGUGACUCAAAGAUUUAUGAUCAAUCCUGAGUGAAAAAAUAAGUAUGAGCUGAUCUUGCCUAUACGGAAUCUGUUAUUUUGUAAACCUUAGUUUAAUAUUUAUUUAAUUCUUGUACCUAAUAUUAAUUAAUGGCAACUACUAACUUGUAUAAUAACUAAUAUCACAAAUCAUGUUAUUCUUCUGCUUCUGCAUUCUAUUGUCAAAUAUUUGUCUAUAUUCUUUCAUUUUUUCUUAUAUUCUUAUUCAACACAUACCAAUAAUUAAUUCUGUUAUUCAGCUGUUCCACCUUCAUGGCAAACCUUCCUUUCUUACAAUUCCUUUCUGACUGGGACCGGAUCGCCACAUUUUUUUUUGAUAAUGACAUAGACGCUCCCCGGCGGAAUAUACCACCGUUCACCGUACUUUCACCAAUUAUCGGCAGGCUCUAGUUAAAGCGAAAGUUUUUCUUUUUUUUUUUGGCAAUAAUGGAUAUUUUCGCUCUAGCAACAGUAACAAAAAAAUGAAGCAUAAUUGAGCGUUACGACCCGGGGCAGCAGCAGCAGGCGCAGCGCUGCAAUUCGGUUCAUAUUUCAAAUGGAUUCGAAUUCGAUUCGAUCUCAACCCGGCUGCCGGGUUGUGCUGCCUAGUUGUUGGAUGCUUUUUGUGUGUUUUGUGUUUUGAUUUUGGACCGUCCGUUCAACUUGGUAGCUAAUGGCUUACCGGUACAACGGGUCGCUGCUUUUCACACAAACGACACAGUCGGCUCUGGUGAGCUCUGGUCGUUUAUUGUUACGUGAUGGUCAAUGGAAGUCAAGUGUUAAUUGUGAUUUGAUUAGCAACGGAUGAUUCGACGCGAUACCGAGCCGAGGAAAAACUGUUUGGGCUAAUUUUCCUUUCUAAUCAGUGGGAAAGUCACACAAUUCAUUGGUGGAACAUUUGCUGUGACCUGUAUGUUGUUUGAUCUGAUUAAAAUUUGAAUCAAAUCAAAUAUUUCAGGCCAUGUCGAUUUUAUUCAACGUUAUAGCACUGCAAACCCUGCAAAUCAUUUUUCAUGAAUUUUAAGACACAUGUGCUUUUAUUUUGGCCAGUGUAAUAUUUAAUACAAAAAUCAAGUAUUAGCUUGAUUUCUGAAUUUUCUUACAAAAUAUAGAUGAGGCUUUUCACGAAGCAGCACGAAAAAAAUCCACUUUUUUUAAUUUUGCAUUUUUGAUUUGCAUAUAAUUUUGCACAGCUGUUCUAAUCAAUAUAAAUAACCAUUUUUUCAUAUUAAAACUUUUUAUGGAGUCUCGACUAACUUUCAAAUUGUAACAAUUGAAUUGACAGUGUACAAAGCUUCUUUAAAUUUAGACCUUUGCAACAUGUGCGCCAUCUCUCCAUUUGAAUGAGACAUCUGAAGCUUUUUUAAUUCGGAAAGUCGACAUAGCAUGUCUCGUGAGUUCGUGUGAGUUACUCCAUAGAUCUCAUUCAGCUGACCAAAAGAAAAGUUUAAAAUAAAACCUAGCUGAUCUAACUCCAACGAAUAGCAAAAUCUCAGCUACCUUUUUUGUAUAGAAGUAUACAAAGCAAAGGUAGAACGAGAUCGGAGAAAAUGAUAAAGAUGAAAUGAGAUGGGGUGCUAUCAAAUUGCGUUCACAAUAAAAUAGGUACGCAAUUGGGAGGGAUUUAUAAAAACUAAAUUUUCGUCGGACAUUUGGAUUCUCGUGCGGUUCGUCAACGUAUCUAAAUCGGUGUACGUAAAGUUCACGAAUUUUGAACAAAGUUUCAAAGAUUUAGCUCAAAACGAAAUCAAAAGUUUUAUGUAUGAAUUAUGCCAAAGAAAAAUGAAAAACCAUUUUGAAAGUUGAAAAUAAUUGUGCAGAUAGUUUUUCAUGCUAGGGAAGCCAUUUUGUACCUCAAUCUCCCCCGUGGUGUGAACUAAUUUCUUUUUGUAAAAAGGUGUAUCCCGCUGGUCAACGCGGGAGCCUAUGCUAGGCCGUGCAGUGUGUCCUCGGUUGAGAAACCCUGUGUUGAAGUAUCCGUCACCGAGUCGGACCACCCCUGCACCUUAACAACUCUCACGCGAGCUCCCAAACACCACGCAACAUCGGAAAGCUCACCAUUUCGCCGCUUGUCGCAUCGUGGGUAAGCCCUCCUGUUACCGGUGCUUACCAGAACGCAGUUAGAAACAUCGCACGAACGAUACGCAUGGUACGGAAGAUUACGAGCGUGCCACCUACUGGCAAGUAGUUGAAGCUCGUCUACACGUAGUGGAACACGCGACACAUACAGCUGCAAAUUGGAAGUGAGCUACCGAAUUGAAUGCGCCGCCUGCCCGUGGAAGCUCGAACUAAUUUGUGAGGGAUCAAUUGCAUGUGCAUGCCCGAAGGUCACGUGGACGAAGAAUCAUCACUGGAUGGUUUCGAUCGAAGCACCGGUGGAUUCCUGAACUGCUGAACGGUUCGACGAAAGUCAACAGGUUUGCCGAUAGAAAAGGUCAGAACUUUGAUUUGUAUAUAUUUUUUUCCUAGAUUUAAGACCACAUUUAGCUUUAGGUACCUACUUGAAAUUUGGUGACGUCACCUUUAGGAAAACGUUAGGCCUCUGUAUCCUACCGUGAACUUUAAAUAAACAGGAUUUUAAAUUGGUAGGCCAACGCCGAUUCGAAGGUUGACGAAUGAAACGAUUUGAGUUGCUUUAUAUUAUUUAACGAAAUUGUCUCAUUUAGUCUUUUUCGUUCUUGGUUGAAUUGAUUUAGAGUAAGUUUAGAUUUUCGGUUAAAAUUUUCUUGAAUUUGGUUAGUUCAGUUGGGUGUUCUUUGAAACCUAUCUUGGGGUUAGCUAAGGUGAUCGGUGUUUGAGGGAAUAAACCAACCUGCCCUAGAAAGAGCCUCUGCCGGGCCAUUAACAGCCUCAGCAGUCUCACUUUGGUGAGUGGCGCUUAAACUGCUGCUGGUCUCGUACCCAAAGCAUUCGUUACAAAAUAGGGCCUAUGAAAAAAUGGAACACAUGCAAAUGAAAAAUCAUAUCUCUGAAACUGCUUGUUCGAUCGGAAAACUGUCUUCGGCAAAGUUGUAGAAUAAUAAAUGGUGGCUCUCAGAAAAAUACACAUUGAAAAAUUUAUUUCCGAAAAAACUGAAUUUUGUUACUAAAAAUUAAAUUAGGCUAUUUUUUUACCUUCGUGAUAUUUUGUGAGAAUAAAGUUCAUUCUGUUAGCUACCAUCUGUAGAAAUUUCAUAAUGGUAAAAAAAUGUACAAAAAAGUUAUGGCACUUUGAACAUUUUCGGUUGUGUGUUUUUUAGAGUGUAUGACGAAUUCACGCAAACUCGCCGUAGGGGUUUGGCAAAACUGUCUCAGAAUCCGAUGGAAUUUCUUAGGUUUAAAGACUAUGUAUUUUAAAGCAAGAUUGCAUACGUUGUUUUUUUUAUUUAUCUAGACAAAUAUUUGAAAAGGGCUAAAGUAUUUGACCGUUUUUUACUCAAUAUAACUUAAAACUGACAUUACCUACAAUAAAGUUAUGUAUGGGUGACUUUUAGAUAAUCAUGUGAACUUUUAUAACAUUGAAAAAUGUCAAUAAGCUUUAAAAGCCAAAAAAAUGCAAAUAAGAAAAAUUAUUUCAAUUUGCAAAACAUGACAUGUUUGUUAUUAUUGAAAAUUUUGCCAUAUAUCGCAAGAUGGGCACUAUGGGAUUGUUCGUAAACCACGUAGACCAAAAUUUGGCCAUCUCAGACCCCCCUCCCCCCUCGUAGACUUUCGUCCAUACAAAAAUUUUAAAAUUUGUAUGAAGCGUAGACUUUGACUAGACCCCCCCUCCCCCCUAAAAGUCUACGUGGUUUAUGAACGGUUCCUUUUGAAGAAAAGCAUUUUUGAGGUACCGUGAUUUCGGGUGAAAUUGAUCAGUGGGGUGAAAUUGAUCGACGUGAGGGUCAUUUUCAUUUGUUAAAAAUAUUGCUUUAAACUUAAAACAAUUUGUAUAAAAUGACCAUCAUCUGGCUAAAGGAUUAUUGAAUGAUGAGUUACAUGUUUUACAGUCAAUUAGUCACAUAUUUCUGUAUUAAAUUAAAUAUUUGCCGUAAUUGCGUGUUUGGCGAAUCUCAAAUACCCUUUCAAACUUUUGUUACCGUGGCUGUAUCGCACAUGUAAUGAAUAUUCGAAUGGAUGCUUUUAGCUGCCACGUAUUUGCUAAACACGAUUUCAUCAUCAAAAAUUUUAUAAAUACAUAUUCGAAUUUAUACAUAAAAUUGCACUUUUCCGGAAGUAAUCACUUUUUCAGUAUGAAAAGUGCAUACUUUAAGGCGUUUUCAUAAAAUUUACUAAAUUUAAAACUUGAAUAAUUAAAAAUUGAGAAAACUCGUAAAAGUUUUGAGUAGCAUUUCGCAUACUGGGGUGGUUAAUUCAGGUGGAAAACAUAUUUUUGGCACAUGCAAAGGUAUUUCAUUUACUGAUCAAUUUCAUCCCGAAAGCAAAAUUAAUGAUUUUUUAUUUUAAAUGAUAUUUACCUAUUGCAAUAAAAUGAUUUAUAGUAAAAGUUUCAAACUCGUUGACUGAUGAGAAUCGUGGUCGUACUUGUUUUAUUGCUUUGAGUUUGACUUUCUUUGGGUGAUCGACUGUAUGUUGGAUGAUAUCUUUAAUUGGCAUUUCAGUCUAAUUUGGUCAAUCAAAAACAACUAUAUGUUUUCUUAACUCGACGUUUCGGUCCUUAUUGGACCUUUUUCAAGGAUUCUGUAAUGUUUGAGUUUGACCAUAUCGCUGCAUUCGAAAUCACGGUAGCAUAAGUGGAAAAUUUUUGGCAGCUCCUCCCCUCUUAAAGUAUAUUCUCCCAUACCUAAUAGAAGGCUCCUAGCAAUAUCAUAAACUUCCCCUAAAAUGCUACAUCUUUAAUGGACGGUUCCUAACAACAAACACUUCAUGUCAUCAUUUUGCGUGUUUCUCUCCGGUAGAAAAAAAAAAGUUUUUAUCCAGGGCGUUUUUACAGAUAUUUUCAUAUAUUAAAUUAAACAUAGCUCCAUAUGUUUGAUUCACAAAUCUAUCUAAUGCAAAGUAUUUAUUUUAUUCUCCUAUGAAUAAGGAAACUUUUAAGUUGAAAUUCGACUUCUGGUUGAUAUUCUGAAUUUCUGUGUAACAGAUCUGGUGUUCUGGUUCAAAAGAGAAUCCUAAAUUAUAUUCUUUGUAUUGGAUAGAUUUAUGAUUGAAACAAAUAAAUGUUCAAUAUUAAUAUGUGAAAAUCCACGUAUAAAAAUACCCAAAAAUUGGUUUGACUCAAAAAAAAAAAACAUUUUGUGUUGGGUUGGAUUCAGGUAAUAGCAAUUUAAUUACUUUGAUCCAUUUUGAAUUCUAUUCUUAACGGUUGGUGUGGGGUUUGGUUCUCCGAAAUAGGAUUAAUUUAAUUUCGCAAAUGAGCAUGUAUUCCAAAUUGACUUCAAUUUAUUUUUUAACUUUUUUUAGCUGAUCGUUUUUUCAAUAUUUCAAUUUUUUACUUGAAAGUUCACACAAAUCCCUAAAGUCACACAUACCACACUUAUUUGUAGGUCAUGUUAUUUUUAAGUUACAUUGGUAUAAAAAAAUGGUCAAAAACUUAAAUCCUUUUCAAAUAUUAGUGUAGAUAAAUUAAAAAAAAAACAACAUAGUAUGCAACCUAGUCUCCAUACCUACACAAUUCCAUUGAAAUCUGACAGGGUGCUGCCUACCCCAAAAUCUAGUUUGCGGGAAAUUCGUCAUGCACUCUAAAAAAACACGCAACCAAAAAUGAUCAAAGUGCCAUAACUUUUUUGUACAUUUUUUUACCACUAUAAAAAUUUUAGAGAUGAUAGCUAACAGAAUGAACUUUAUUUUCACAAAAAAACACGAAGGUAAAAAAAUAGCUUUUUGAGAUAUUUGAUUUUUAGUAACAAAAUUCAGUUUUUUCAGAAGAAAAACUAAAUAAAUUUUUCAAUGUGUAUUUUUCUGAGAGCCGCAAUAUAUUAUUCUACAACUUUGCUGAAGACACCUUUCCGAUCGAACAAGCCGUUUCCGUGUUUUUUUUUAUUUGCUUGUGUUCCAUUUUUUCAUAGGCCCUAACUGAAAAAUAGUCGAGACAAAAUAUGAUCUUUUGAUAUGAAAAAAUGGUUUCUCACAUAAAAAGGAAUAGUAUACAAAAAUAUCAAGUAGAUUAAACAACAUCGAUUAAAAUGGAUUCGUGCUGGUCCGUGGAAAGCCACAGAUUGAAACCUUUUAUUUGACAUAUUGGUAGUUUUGAUAGGUUUAUUGUUUAUUUUUUUUAUAUUUUCCCUUAGACUGGCCAAAAUCGGAGCUCGUACCCUACCUAGAAUAAUUACUUCGAGUUUUGAAUCUAGAAUUUUAAACUAUGUUUAGUUCCAAUAUUCUACUCUCCAAUGUUUCAUUAGAUAGUGAAAGCUUUUUCGUCUAGACUAGACGUGCAAAAAAAGGUGCUUCGUUUUCGUUUGCAUUUUCCAUGCAAAUAGACAUACGGCGAUUAUUGUCCGACCGACAUGCAAAUAUAUUUAUUUAGAGACACGAAAUAAGGCGGCGGCAAACAAAAGCGAAACAGCAGCUGUGCAAAAAUCAAUGCCCUCAACAGUUUUUUUUUUUCGGUCUGCCUACUGUUUCACUUGAUAUCUGCAUAGAUAGAUACACGAACGUACGUACACCCAGCACAGGAAGACUACGAGGAGACAUAAUAUGCAAAUUGUAACGUGCAUUAGAAUUGAUUUGCAUGUCUUUCAGAAUUGUGGUACCUACAUAUACUUAGCUUUUUCGCUGUCGGUGGCACCUUGGUGCUUCACUGCAGCCAGCCACUUUAUUAAUUCUGCCGGAAGUUUGGAAACCGAUGCACCGGAUAGCGUUUAUUUGAACCAACAACAGGGCCGUUUUGUUGUGGUGGAAAGUACCACUUGUCUAUGAUUUGUGCAUAUCCGGAGGUUUGAAAGUACAAUUGCAUUCCUACUAGCGUUACUUCUGGCUAGAACCGCUCAGCACUAUAAUGUGUAAGACCACUCAUAAGUGCAUAAUUCCUAGACCACACAAAAAUGUGUAAGAGUUAAGGGCGGACGGGACGGUCGGGUAAAUAUCCGCCAUUGCUCUGUUGCUACUAAGAUGGUAAUCUCAGAUUCUACUUCAUAUUUUGCAACAAAAACCUAUCAUUGUGUAUGCUCACUUGCACUGCACAUGCUGAUUGUUUUUCAUCAUCUUCAGUGCAAGAGAACUCGAGAUUACCAUCUUCAAAAUCGCGAGACAAAUUGUUAGAAAGAGAGGCAAGAUAGGAAAAAUAACACGGCGUUCCGUUUCACCUUAAAAAAUCACAAAAAAUAUACAGAGAUACACAUACACGUGGCACAUUUUCUAAAAAUUAUAUUACGUGAAUAAUAUGGGACCCUACCAAUGCUCUAUUCUAUUUUAGCUUGGCGCGCUGCCACUAAAAAUAAAACAGAACACUACACUCUGUUCCAUAACUAUAGAUCCAUCUAAUAUUUAUUUGCUAUUUAUUCAAACUGCAACUGAUUAUUUCAUGCAUUACGCCAUUAUGAUUACCCAUGUGCCUUACACAUUCUGCCAUGUAAUUGUAUUCAUGAAUAAGCGUCUAAACGUAUUAAUUUAAAAAAACUGAAAUCCCUUUGUUUCAUGACUAUAGAUCCAAUACAUGUAAGUCAUCCGUUGUGCCUAAUUAACGCGUUGUUUUAGGAUCUGUGCUCAGGUUUAUUUCGGCGUUUGACGUAUUGUUACGUGUAAACUUCAAUUUAUAAUAUGCCUUGUGCAAAAUAUAUAUCUGAAGUUGAAAUAAGGAAGAUUUUGACACAUCAAGACAGGUGUUUAACAGUUUGUGAAAUUUCUCGUCGUGUUAGCAGAUUUCAUCGUGCCGUUGUAAUUUUCUUUUAAGAUCCAAUUCAAGCUGUCUAAUCGCACAAAGGGGAAUAAGGAUCGCAAUCAAACUAAAUCAAACUCAAACUAAUCAAACUAAAAAGUUUAAACCAGUUAAAGAAAGAACUAGGUAGCACUAGACGUCUCGCGUUUGACAAUCUAUAGAGUCCUGAAAAAAUGUCCACACGAUCAAUGUGAAAAAAUGAAAUGAGCUUCACAGCUUUUGAGCCAUCAUAAAGAUUCGUGCUCAAAAUAUUAUUGCGAUAACAUGCGUUGAGAUUAGAGUAAAGUAGGUACUACAGUUGACACCACAUCUUGAUGUUCUACAGGCAAAUAUCAUCUUGUACUGACUUUUUGAACCCUCUAUGCAGAAUACCCUCCUCAAAUGAGUGAGUUCAGUUUUACCUUUUAAUUCUGCCCUCUAUAGGGCGGCAUAGAGGGCGGAAUUAAAAGGUACAAAACUAAUUACAAUUCUUUGAAGGUAAAUAUCCCUUUAUCUCCCUGUCUUUAUUCGAUCCCGAUGGUAUUUGUUCUAGAUUUUCUCCCGAUUUGUCAAUAUACUAUUUUUACAGGUUACUGUACCUGGUUUGCAAGAAGCAAAUUAUUCUGAGAAGGUGAAAUUAUAUCUGUUUGGUGAAGGUUUUUUUUAGUUACGAAAGUUUAAAAAUUGAUUCUUCAUUUCGAUCUCUAAAUUCUUCAACAAAUUACAGUUCAUUCUGUUCAUCUCGAUAUAUCGAGAUAGGAUGGUCCUUCAACAUGCGGCGAAUCAACUGUUAUUUGUUUAAAUAUUUAUUUGAUUGGCUUCUCAAGACAUAUUUGACGCUUUGGGAGACCUUUUAGGUCCAAAAGUAGUUCAGGUUGUAUCGACCGAAUGGCUUUUUUUCGUACUGGAGAGAUUUACGAAAAUAACCACGUUACUUCUCAAGGAACCACUCGGGGAUGCGGCUUGAUGGUAUGGAGAGGGUUCUGUCAACUCGAAUUGACGGGCAUUCAGGGAUGUGCCGAGCUUCUGAACCUGAAAAAUAUAUACUAUCGUUUCUUGCAGCAACGCCGGUAAACAAAUUAGACAACGUUUUAUCAAGAUCAUAAAUACAUUUGUUCACACGGAUCAAGCAACUAUGGCUUAGUUUCGUGAAAAGCUUAUUAAUAUUAAAGAAUGGUCAGCUUCUUACCCUGACCAGAACCCAAUUGAGAAUUUGUAGGGUUAAUUAUAUAAACAGUGUGUAAAUAAAAUAAGCCGUGCGGAUGUUUUCCAAAUCUAAACCGUGUAGUUGUUUGAACGUGGAAUAAAAUCCAUUUAAAGUCAAAUAAAAGUAUCCUGGAGAGGCUAUUUGAGCUUAUUAUAAACAAAAGAGAGACUUCUCAUUAUUGAUAUGUUGAAUGUUUUGUGUAGCUUAAAUUAACUAGAAUGAAUUCUCGCUUGGGUCUAUUGUUAUGAAACAAGGGAAUUUCUAUGAGACUAUUUAUCAGAUUAAGAGAACACAUGUAAUAUCGAAUUAUUAUUUUUCUCAUGUCUACUCUAAAUAAUGAAUUGAACAGGAGAACAAUAUGAUUCGAAUUCAUUCUACAUAUCCGAGUAUCCAAAAAUAUUGUUUGGAUCUAUAGUUAUGAAACAUAGCGUAUAAAUGUACAAACACAACAUCACAAAUUGAAACACACAACACAAAAUAUAAAUAUGCCCAGUUAUCCUAUUGAAUAACAACUUCCGAUCACAGGAUGACGAGGUUUCAUGAUUGAUUGUUCUAGGUCCAUCAGUCAUCCAGGAAUAGUGUUUUGUUUGGCGGCACCUGCUAUUACUGACAUAGCUUGUUUUGUCUAGGAACACUAAUCCUCAUCGGGCCCCGUGAUUCGAGAUCUGAUAUAAGCCGUCUACAUUAUGAUGUCCAUGGUACCGAACGGUUUGCUUGACUUUUAGUUGAUCAUUACCCGAAAUGGCAUGGAAACAGGCAAUCAAAUUGUGGCUACACUGAGAAAAAUGUUGUGUUGGAAAUUACCGAUUCCAUAGUAAAAUUAAUAACCAUACCUACAAUGAAAAAAUAAACCACAUAUCCAAUAAAAAAGUUCCAUUGGAUUGGCUAUAGUUUUAGCAUAAUCCGCCAGAAUUUGACUGUGUUUUGGACAUUUCUGUUUUUGGUAGGUUUUCGUCUAGGCGUAUCGUAAGCCUCGAAGUGUGGGUUCGAUUCCCGCUCCAGUCGGUGGAAACUUUUCGUCAAACGAAAAUUCAUCACUUGUCUAAUGUAAGUAAUGUGUUCAGUCUGUGCAGCCUCUGGCUGAAGACGGUGUGAAUUGUCUUUUAAACUUUUGCUUAUUUUCUUAGUGAUAAUCAAUUUUCAUUGCAGUGCCUGGUCACAAUCGAUUUUUGCUCCUCUUCCGUAAACCCUCGCAUUGUUCAUCUUGAGGAAAAACUUAAACUUUGAAUGAAGGUUAUCGUUUGUUUACAAUGCUAGCAACACAUAGACACACAACAGUUGUCAAAAUAAGGCAUAGUCUUUUUAAUACAUAGCCUCAAAGGUGUACUCAUAAUUAACGAUACAGUCCUUAUAACUGUUAUGGGAUUUUCCGAAGAAAAUUUCUUUGGAAAUAUCACAUGAAAUCAAUUUGGUAUAUCCCUUUCGGGACGGAGCGCACAAAAUAGAAAUCUCUAUACAAAUGGUUUAAAUUUAGCUCUCCAGAACUCUUAGCUUUUCCAUCAAAACAACAAAGGAUUACUAAAAUAACUAAAACGGUCACUAUGAAAUGAACAGAUAGCGCCACCGUAGCCUUGGGUGUUUCACGUAACUCUGCCACAAUGUUAAUGUCCAUAUACAGUGGCGCCUUUGCUUACAUGCGGCAAACGAAAGAAAAGCUUGCUUCAUUAAUCCAUUGUUGUUCCUCUUUUCGAAGGACUAUAGGGCAGUGCAUGAAAUUAUCUCCUUCUCUUUCACUCUUACAGAAAUUUUGUAAACAACAAGGCCACGAAACUUCAAAAUCCCAUGCAAAAUCAAAACAGUGCAGUGCCCUAUUCCUUAUCUUUCGAUUUCUAGAUCUGACUACCUAGAUGAAUCUAAAACAAGUAAUAUGCGACAGAUAAAAUUUCUUAAUGUUUUACGUUUUUUGUCCACUUUUUGUUCAACUUGUUGUGGUAAACCUCACAUGCAACAAAAACAAAAGCUUGUUUGCACACAUACAUUUACAUAUUAGUAAUGACUUACUUACGAUAAAACAAAGACUUAACAGAAGAACAAAAUAUGCAAACCUGUUCUUGCUCAACAGCACAAUUGUGCUGGUUCGUCACGAAAGGGAUAUGGAAAAUAUUAGAAGACCACAUAGCCUCUAUCAUAAAAUCACAUAACCAUGCAAAAUUUAUGUGAUAUUUCCAUAUUAUUCAAUGGACACGCAUAUGAAACCGUCCAUGUGAAAACCAGAUAGAAACAAUGUUAAAACUUUGUUCAGUGUAUGAUUCUCAACCGACAACCAAGUCUAUCAAGUUCACUGAAAUAUGAUUGAAAUAACAAUGCAUUGCAGUAAAUUUGACUCAGUGUGCCAGUCUGGGUCAUAUUGUCCCCUACUAUGGUUAAUGUUGAGAUUUCAGAAUUUUAUUCAUGAUUCUUGCUUGAUUUCCUUCCGAGAUUUCUCCUUGGAUUUCUACCGUAAUUCCUUUUAUAAAUUCAUUCGUUUUCAGAGUUUUUCACAGAAUAAAUUCCCUCUAGUUAUUUCUUGAAUUUCUCCUGAAGUUCCUCUCGAGAUGUCUCCAAUAGCAAUAAGUCUUUUCGAAGUACCUCGCUAGAUUUCAUUUGGAUUCUGUCCUAUAUUUCUCCGGGAACUUCUUACAAGGAUUUUCGUAAGUUAUCCCUGGAGACAUUCCAAAGAAAACUCCUGGAAAAAAUUGCAUUUUUAUACAGGGGAUACUCAAAAUAACUGGAACAGGUAAAAUUUUCACUUUUCAAAAAAUGUUCAACUCGCUGUAAAUUUUUGAAAAAGGCAUCAAAUAUUCUCAAAUUUUUACUGUAAGUUCAUCAACUAGUUGUGUAUCAGUGGUCAAAAUUUGGAAAAGCCAUUUUACACAAAGUUAUAAAGGUAACUUUGAGCUGUUAUAUCUCCGGAUUCAAUGAACCGAAUGCAAUGAAAUUUUGAUCAUAUAUGACUUAUAUAAUGAGCUAUUAAAAACAUUUGACUAAACUUUAAAUUCUUCACAACCAAAGGAAAGGAAAGCAAAGGAAAACAACCAAAUAGCCGGCGUAAAAUUGAAAAAGUAAUUGGAUGCAUAUAAAAAAUAGAUAAAUUUACUGAAAAAACUGAAUGAAAUCGCCAUAACUUUUUUUCUUAUUAAUUCUUAUUAAUCCUCAGAAAAAGGACCGAUAAAGGCCCGAAACGUCGGAUCAGAAUUUAAAAAAUAACGUUUUAGCUGGUCUUCCGACUGCAUAAGCCGUAAACUAUUUCAACACUUAUUAAUAAUUUCAAAUUAAGUCAACGGUUUUUUAAAGUACAUUAUAUAAGUCAUAAAUGAUCAAAAUUUCAUUGCAUUCGGUUCAUUGAAUCCGGAGAUAUAACAACUCAAAGUUGGCUAUCGAAUAAUUAUACCUUUUUUCUAGAAUCUUUAUAACUCCGUGUAGAAUGAACCGAUCUUUUCCAAAUUUGAACCACUGAUACACAACUAGUUGAUGAACUUACAGUAAAAAUUUGAGAAUAUUUAAUCCCCAUUUCAAAAAGUUACUGCGAGUUGAACAUUUUUUGAAAAGUGAAAAUUUUACCUGUCCCAGUUAUUUUGAGUAUCCCCUGUAUAUAUAGACACAGAGUUGUCUGUCCUUCCAUCACGCUUUCAAAUGUUUCACAAAGUAUUGUGUUGCGGAUGAGGGUGGAAGAGAUCGUACCGACUCUUACAGCAGACACAUAUUUAAUUUGGUCAGCUAAAAAGCUAAAAUGGGCACAUUUAUUAAAAACCAUUCAAUAUACACAUACAUUAAUGUACUUACUAAUUCGGUAACCUAGCUGGGCAGACAAAUGCUGCCAUCCUCUUCGAAAUACAUCUCCGCACUGGUUUUACAAAUUGGCUCAUAACAGCAUUGUUCUACGUCUAUCUUUACAAUUGCUGGGGUAUUCGCAGGGGUGCUCAAAUUACUUUAGUGUUCAAAUUAAUCGCACUCUGUUCUGCGUAACACUCCCCCGCGUAACAUUUCAUAGUUUAUGAAAUUUUACAAUUGUUAAAUUUGAACACUGGAAAUAUUUUCACUUAUUUCUAUAUCUGCACAAAGUAGUCAAAUACUAAAUUGCGUACACAUAACUAACUAACUAAUAUUGAAAAUAGAGAUCAUGUUUAAGCUUAAUAUAUUAAAAAUUGAACAUCUCUAUUUUCUGCUCGUCUAUCAUGAUGCUGAACGGUACAACACAAAACGGAACUAUUGUGAUACUCUAACUACACCACCAUCGAAACGACCAUCGCAGCUAGAAAGACCAACAUGCAUUCAUAACAUUUACGUUUGGUAAGAUCAGGGCAACUGGAAAUUUGCGAAUUACGUUGACCUGCGGUGGUCAACCCACGGUUAUCCUGCUUGUUGCUGAUCAAUCCAUACCGUUGGAAAUGCCAUGCACAAAAGCACCAGUGAUAGUCGUUUUUGUACGCGUUGUCGAUUAUCUGUCCAGCGCCAGCGGUGUGUGUCGUUUCUGAUGAUGCCCGUAUCAGACGACUUACAAUGUCCCAUAGAGAGUGACUCUCUGAUGAAUAGAAUUUCGUUGCAUCGCGCGGUGAAUAUCUAUUCUGAGAUGUGGUCACUUGACUGGGUCCCAAAGCGUCUCCAACAGGGAAUAAUUCGUCGUGUCGAAUUACUUUUUAGUGUUGCGGAUGAGGGUGGAAGAGAUCGUACCGACUCUUACAGCAGACACAUAUUACCCGUUGCAAGAAAAUAGAGAGCGAAAAAGGUGCAAAAUCGCUAAUAGACCUCCGCUGGUAUGUUUAAUCGUUAUGGUGUCUUCUACAAUAAGUGCGCGAAUUGGCCAAGGAAUACUGCGCCGAAAAAACCGAAAUGAUUUUUCUUACAGGCGGAGAUGUAUGGGCGCUUGCGCGUACAAAUUUUCGCGCAACGCAUAAUAUUUAAUUUGGUCAGCUAAAAAGCUAAAAUGGGCACAUUUAUUAAAAACCAUUCAAUAUACACAUACAUUAAUGUACUUACUAAUUCGGUAACCUAGCUGGGCAGACAAAUGCUGCCAUCCUCUUCGAAAUACAUCUCCGCACUGGUUUUACAAAUUGGCUCAUAACAGCAUUGUUCUACGUCUAUCUUUACAAUUGCUGGGGUAUUCGCAGGGGUGCUCAAAUUACUUUAGUGUUCAAAUUAAUCGCACUCUGUUCUGCGUAACAUAUUGCUAAUUUAGAGAAAAUUUUCCGUUUUACUGUAGAAGGAAAAGCUACCGCAGCUGUCAGACUACUGAUUUUCACUGAGGUAUCAUCGAUCUACCCUAGCGAUGCCUUGGGUAGCCUUGGAUACGGCGCGCCGAUGAUCAUUGUUUGUUGUUGGUUUUCAGUGCAAUUUACUUUGCAAGCAUACUUUGAUUUGGACU